AUGGUAUUCGAAGAAUUGCAUUCUCGAAGAAUUGUUUUUCGAAGAAUUGUUUUCGAAGAAUUGCUUUCGAAGAAUUUUCCGGAUACCGAAAUUGAAGUACGACUCGAGAAGGCAAAAAAUAUCGCCAAAGAGAGCUGUGGUGAUGCAAAGCUAGUAAUUACUAUGGAGUUGCAAAGUGUUCUCAUUUGUCCUAAAACACUAGCAUCGGCAAUGUACUAUAAACAGAAACUCCAAGUUCACAAUUUCACAAUUUAUGAGCUGAAUGAUGGAAAAGUCACGCUAUAUGUCUGGAACGAAGCUUCUGGUGGUGUAACGAGCAACGAGUUCACAUCGUGUUUGAUCGAUUACAUCCAAAACUUACCUCCUAAUUACGAAUUCCUAGUACUAAUUUCAGAUGGAUGUAACUACCUGAACAGAAAUAAAAUUCUCUCUAGUGCUUUGAGUAAUAUUGCCAAAACUGAAUCAUCAAUUAUACAGCAGCUUUAUCUAGAAAAAGGUCACACGAUGAUGGAGGCUGAUAGUGUCCAUUCAACACUCGAGCAAUAUUUCAAGCCUCCAAUAAACUCACCUUCUGACUAUAUUGCUCGAAUGCGUCUCGCAAGACCGAAGCAGCCUUACAAUAUAAAAGUAUUAGGUUUCACUUUUUCCCGUAAAUAUGAUGAACUGAAGUCGAAUAUUCCAUCUUUGAGACCUGGUAAGAUGGCUGGAGAUCCAACUGUGACCGAUGACAAUCAAUUGAGGUACUCACCAUCCGGCGAUAUCGAAUAUCAGCUCGAUUAUGCUGAUGAUUGGAGUCCACUUCCUCACAGAAAGAAACAAACUGCUCUUACAGCUAUACCAUAA